AAAAUCGCUUGCGUUAUUAUCAUUUACACGAACAUGCAGUUCUUCAAAGCAGCCAUCUUACUUGUCUCCUCGAUCGGCUUCAAGGUAGCUCUUGGAUGUGAACCUAGUUUUGAUCCGGGUUGUAUUGAGAAACUGCCCUUCGGCAAUGCUAAUUCGCGCGUUAUCCCAGCAGCAUGCAGCAACUAUGCGCGGGAGUCUAGAGUCUGUUGCCCCGCUGGCCUUCUAAAGGUAAGAAUCGUCACGAGAGCGGAUUUGGCUGUCAGGGGAUGCAUAGUCGAGUGAAAUUAGGAUAGUCUUGGCUCUUCCACACAAAGUCCUCAAG